ACCGACCUAAAAGUGGAAAGUGCUCCACCCCUCGUUUCAUCUACGUUAACAUGGCUGAUGAAACGGCGAAAGCGCAGGUUGCCCAGCCGGGUGGAGACACGAUAUUUGGAAAAAUCGUGCGUAAAGAAAUCCCCGCCAACCUGAUCCAUGAGGACGAUCAGUGUGUUGCCUUCCCUGAUAUUUCUCCACAAGCUCCUACUCACAUCCUGGUAGUCCCAAAGAAACCAAUUGUCCAGCUUUCUCAAGCCGAGGAAAGUGAUGCAGCAUUGUUAGGCCACAUGCUGAUAGUUGCAAAGAAGCUCGCUCAGGAGGCAGGCCUGUCAAAAGGCUACAGGAUCAUCAUCAACGACGGUCCUGAUGGAGGCCAGUCUGUCUACCACAUCCACAUCCACGUGCUGGGUGGGCGCACACUGGGAUGGCCCCCCGGCUAACCUUCAUCACCCUGCGUCGAUGGCCUUGUCGUGUCAAUGUCUCCUGUCUGACAUCAUUCCUGUUGAAUGGAACAGUGACACAAAUGUGGAAACUCUGUGGUGUUAAUAAAAUAAGUACUCUCAA